AUGUCUCAGUAUAUUGCGGAGCUAUGUACGCUCCUAGUAGAAGACAACUUUGGGGAGCUUUUUGGGCAUAUCUUCGCAACCCUCAUCCGCUAUGACCGCCUCACUCUCCCACGCCUGAGAUUAUAUUCCAAACUGCCUGAUGCCCAGCUCCGCCGAGGGCUGGCUGCCAUGGUUCAGCAGCACCUUGUCUACCAUUACACGUCCUACGAAGAAGGCGUUACGUAUUAUGAACCGAACCUCCAGUCCGCAUACUAUCUCAUCCGCGCCGGGAAAAUCCUAGAAUUCAUCGAAGAACGACUGGGCAAAUAUGCCGCAACGGUCAUGUCGACAAUCAUGUUCCUCGGUCAUGCUCAAGUCAGCUACCUCGAAACCCUCCCAGAGCUGCAGCCGCAGGCCCCGACCGCCGUCAACGGAAACCAUGAACAACCGGAAAAGGAGAUCGAAGGCGAAGGGGUCGAAGGUGAGGGAAUUGAAGAAGAGGGGCACACCAACGGCGUCAACGGUGAAGAGGCUUUGGAAGAGCAAGAAGAACAAGCGCAACCGUUCCUCCUUCAUCCCACCCUGAAGGCGCUCGCAGCCCACGGUUACAUACAUCGUGUCCGGGAGGCCCACUUCCAAAGCUAUGCGGAUAACGUCUUGGAUUGCGAGCGGACGAUCAAGGCCAGAGCUGACAUCAAGCAAAUGAAGGGAAAGAAGCUCGAGGAAACUGUUCUCGAACUGACAGCCGAAAUGCUCCGGGAACGCCUGGACGGGGAUCUCACACACGGCCUUGUCUUUAACGGUGUUCCGCGCGGCGCUAAGCGACGACGUGGCCCGGGUGGUGCGGAGAGAUCCAACAAAAAAGCACGGGUGGACUACGUCGCCGUCGAUGAAGACGAGGAAGAGGAGGAGGAGAAUGAAUGGUCGGAGGACGAAAUGGGGGGUGAUAACAUUCCUAUGGAGAGUGGAAUCACCGUCCGAGUCAAUUACGAAAAGCUCGACGUCGCGCUCCGCAACCGUCGAUUUCUCGAGCUCGCCGAGCAGGAUUGUUCCGCUGCCACGAUUCACGUCUACGAAUGUCUCCUGCGACGCAUCGAAUACAAAACCAAACAGUGCCGGGAUACCCCCGAAAUCCCCCGCGAAGGCGAAGAAGGCAAGCAGUUCGCUGCCCCGAUUAGUUUGGCCGCCAUCGCCGAAGACGUCGACCCCUCGGUGGACCUGGCCGGGUCAAUAGGCCCCAUGGAUCCUUCCCAGGCCGUCAACCGGCGCGGAAAGCGUCCGUUGGACGACGGCGUGAACGGCACGCACCACGACGGCCCUAACGGCGCCUCCUCUGACGGCAACCGGAUCUACGACGUCGGGCAACACCUGGCCCUUCUUUCCGAGCCGCCGCACAACCUCACCGAGAAGAAAGUGGUGGCCAACCUCCCCUCGUGGACGGUGGAAUUCCGAAGCCUCGCUUGUAAGCUCCGUCAUCUGGAAUUGGAGCGGAUGAUUGAGGCGCGAUACGGCGAUGUCGCACUCCGAGUGGUUCGCGUGCUGCAUGCCAAAGGCAAACUGGACGAGAAGCGUCUCCAGGAAAUCAGCCUCCUCCCCUUUAGGGUUCUCCGUCAAGUACUGGCUAGCAUGCAAGCGGGCGGGUUUGUUGAUCUACAGGAAGUUCCUCGAGACGCACAGCGCCAGCCCUCCCGUACCAUCUACCUGUGGUUCUACGACCCUGAUCGCACGCGCGCUAGUAUCUUAGAGGACACAUACAAAUCAAUGUCCCGGUGUCUACAGCGGCUGCGGUUCGAACGCAACCGGCUCAAGGAGUUCCUCGAAAAGACUGAACGCAGCGAUGUCAAGGGGAACGAAGAGCGAUAUCUGUCCGAGGCCGAGCUGACGUUACUGGAGCAGUGGAGGGCCAAGGAGGCGUUGCUGCUGGGGGAAGUCGCUCGGUUGGACGAGAUGGUGGCUGUGAUGCGGGAUUAUUGA